UGAUCCCCUGCUGAUCGCACAAAACACCACGCCCGUCGCGUCAUAUAUGCGGGGGGGCCGCCCCCGUGUCUGUCUCGCCCGUCGUCGCGAGGCCGUCGUCCCCCCUCAACGCCGCGCGCGUCUCAACGCCGCCGUCGACCCCGUCUUACAGCUUGCCUUGUUCGUUGGCACUCACACGCGCGGCCCGCCAGCCAGCACAAACGACGACGACGACGACGAGAAAACGACCGGCGACGACCGGCGACGAGGGCUGAGACGGCGAGCCCCCCUCUCUCCCUCCCUUGACCGACCCUAGGCCGCCGCUGCGCUUUUGCACCAGCAUCGCACAUUCGCAUCUCGCAUCUCGUCCUCAUCCUCCUUCAUCAGCCCCGUCAUGGCCGUCGGCUUCCUCCCCUUCCUCUCCGCCCUCUUCGGCUGGGUCUACACCCUCUGCUGGAGCGCCUCCUUCUACCCGCAGCCGCUACUCAACUGGCGCCGUCGCACCACCAGCGGCACCACCGUCGACUUUCCUUUUCUCAACGUCGUCGGCUUCGCCGCGUACCUCGCCUCCAACCUCGCCUUCUACUACUCCCCCCUCGUCCGCGCCCAGUACGCCGCCCGCCACCGCGGCCUCGCCCCGACCGUCCAGUUCAACGACAUCACCUUUGCCCUCCACGCCCUCGUCCUCUCCCUCCUCACCGCCUCGCAGUACCUGCUCGCCCGCCCGCUCUGGCGCUUCGCCCCCGCCGUCGCCGGCGCCCGCCCCAGCCGCGGCGUCCUCGGCAUCACGGCCGGCUCGCUGUGCGCCGUCGCCGGAGUCUACCUCCUCGCCGUGUCCGCGCGUUCCUCUUCCUCCUCCUCCACCUCCUCUCCCCUCUCGGCGAUUUCUUCUAGCGGCCCCGGGACUUCGGUCGCCGACGUCGACCCCGCCGUCGACUGGUGCGAGCUCGACGUCGUCUACGCCGUCGGCUACGUCAAGCUCCUCGUUACCCUCGUCAAGUACGGCCCCCAGAUCCUCGCCAACUGGCGCAACCGGAGCACCGAGGGCUGGAGCAUCUGGCAGGUCCUGCUCGACCUCGCCGGCGGCGUCCUCAGCAUCGCCCAGCAGGCCAUCGACAGCUGGCUCCAGCGCGACUGGAGCGGCGUCACCGGCAACCCCGUCAAGUUCGCCCUCGGCAACGCGAGCCUCGUCUACGAUAGCAUCUUCAUCGCCCAGCACUACGUCCUCUACAGGGCGGACGACGAUGGCCGCCGCCGGCCCAAGACCCCGUGGAGGGGCGCCGAGGAGCCCCUGCUGGCCGACGAGGAUGAAGAGACCAGGCGGCGCCGGCGGCGUCUGGACUGAGCCCCUAGUCGGCCGUCAUAAACACUACCUUAUAUAUACGGCCUGUGGCCUCUAUCACCCCCUCACGGGAGAACACCACGUACACUAUAUGGAAGAGACGGAACAAGUGUCAUCUAAACCGACAUGAGAGUAUCGUUUCCCCUCGUAGAGCCUACGUAUUAUAUAUAAUACCUCGUGGCCCUAAGUAAUGCCAAAUGACGUUGUGCACGACCGACAUGAUGCCUGACGUCUCAAACUGCCUUGUCCCCGUUCCUCCUGCGCAACAUCCAUUACCAGCUACUAUACAUGGUCUAUUUAUACAAGAG